AUGAGAGUCCUGGUCUCUCCACAGCUGGCUCAGUCUUACGGCAGUGUGUUCACCGUGUGGUUGGGCUCCACACCCAUCGUGGUGCUGAACGGCUUCCGGGCGGUGAAGGAAGCCCUGGUCUCCAACUCAGAACAGUUCUCGGGGAGGCCCCUCACCCCAUUCUUCCAAGACCUGUUUGGGGAAAAAGGCGUUAUCUGCAGCAAUGGGCACACAUGGCGGCAACAGAGACGCUUUUGUCUGAUGACUCUUCGAGAGCUGGGCCUUGGCAAGCGGAUGCUGGAACUGCAGCUGCAGAAUGAGGCAGCAGAGCUGGUUAAGGCGUUUCGCCAGGAGCAGGGUAGACCCUUCGACCCUCAGGUUCCUAUUGUCCGAUCCACAACGAGAGUCAUUGGGGCCCUGGUGUUUGGUCAUCACUUCCUCUCCGAGGAGGAGCCCAUCUUCCUGGAACUAAUUCAAGCCAUCAACCUUGGCCUAGCUUUUGUCAGCACUAUUUGGCGCCGGCUAUAUGACAUGUUUCCCUGGGCCCUCCGCUACCUCUCAGGGCCCCACCAGAAGAUAUUUCAGUACCAUGAGACUGUGAGGGGCUUCAUCCACCAUGAGAUCACCAGGCACAGGCUCAGGGCACUUGAGGUGCCCAAGGAUUUCAUCAACUGCUACCUGUCACAAAUCACCAAGGCCAUGGGUGACCCUGUCUCCACAUUCAAUGAGGAGAACCUGAUCCAAGUGGUGAUUGACCUGUUUCUGGGAGGCACCGACACCACGGCCACCACACUGCACUGGGCACUGGUAUACCUGGUCCAUCACAGAGCCAUCCAGGAGAGAGCGCAGCAGGAGCUGGACGAGGUGCUGGGGGCUUCGCAGGCCAUCUGCUACGAGGACCGAGAGCGACUGCCUUACACCCGCGCAGUCCUCCAUGAGGUGCAGCGUCACAGCAGCGUUGUGGCUGUGGGUGCUGUGCGUCAGUGCGUGACAUCCACUUGGAUGCAUGGUUAUUACGUGCCCAAGGGUACCAUCAUCUUGCCCAAUCUGGCCUCCGUGCUGCAUGAUCCCGAGUGCUGGGAGACCCCUCAACAGUUCAACCCUGGCCACUUCCUAGACAAGGAUGGAAACUUUGUGACCAAUGAGGCCUUCCUGCCCUUCUCUGCAGGGCAUCGGGUGUGUCCUGGAGAGCAGCUUGCUCGAAUGGAGCUCUUCCUGAUGUUUGCCACCCUCCUCAGGACCUUUCGGUUUCAGCUACCUGAAGGGAGCCGGGACCUCAGGCUGGACUAUGUCUUUGGGGGGACUCUGCAGCCUCAACCCCAGAAGAUUUGUGCAGUGCCUCGCCUGGGCAGCCUCAGUCCUAGGGAGGAGGGCCUGUAGUCACCUAGGAGUAAGCAGACUUGCCACCCCAGCCCCUCCCCACAAAGAUCUGCAGUCUGUCAGCCCAGAGGAUAGGAAGAUGUGGGUUUUCACCUAGCUCAGCUGUGCGUAGUUCUCACACAAUUUCUGAUGGUAAUUCCAGAAAAUGGACUUAGCAAGGAUCCAGCAAUAGUAACUAACUGGGUUUGGGUGAGUCCGUUCUUAGAAUAGGAUGUGGUGGAAUACUCUUUUUGUAAACUGUGAGGAUGUGUCACUCUGAUUGGCUUAAUAAAAAGCUGAACAGCCAAUAUAGGCAGGAUUUACAGGCACAGAGGACACUGGGGAGAAGGGCAGAAAUGCCAGGAUGCAGAGGAAGCAGCAUGGGCAAUACAGAGUAAAGGUAACAAGCCACAUAAAAGGAAGUAGAUUAAAAGAUACGGGUUAAUUUAAGUUAUAAGAACUGGUUAGAAAUAAGCCUACGCUUUCAUAAUUAAUAAUAAAUCUCCAUGUCAUUAUUGGAGAGCAGAUGUUCCCGACAAAAAAGUCUGACUACAGCUUUGGUGGAAGAGGAUUUUAUAACAUUUGGCAAGGUUUGACAAUGAAUCAAUUCCCAUCUAUCAUUUGGGGGGAAAUCAAGUGUCACAGUGUAAUAGCCAAGAGGAUUCCAAGGGAAACUCUUUCCCACAAUACACAAACAUUAGUGCAUGUACAUGAUGCGAAGCCGUGGGUGUUGAAUGGAAAUCCCACAUUACUUUCUGUCCUCUUCCUGCUCUCCUGACCAGAGGGAAGAAACACCUACACAUGUUGCCUAGAUAGCUGUUCCCGUCAACUUUUCUAUCAAGGAUUCUGGAUCUACUUUCCUUGAAACAAUCCCAGUGCUUUGAAGUAUUGUGCCUCCAAACAAAUCUUACUAAAAAGAAAAGAACUUGCAUUAAAUGGUUAUUAAAAUAACACCACUACACACCUGCUAGAACUCCUAAAAACAAAAACGA